UUCAUGGUUGCUAAGGCCCAGGUUUGUUUUCUAACUCUGUUUGCGAUUGGUGAAAACUCUCCGGGGCGGUGAAACGGUUUGGCGAAAAUUUUAAGCAAUGGCCUCCCAAAACAUGGAUCCUGCGGCAGCGUCGUCUACGGCCGCUUUAAAAGGAAACGAAACUGGCGGAAGUGUGCCAAAGGGGUCUGUUUCAAAAAGGUUGCAACAAGAGCUGAUGACACUUAUGAUGUCAGGAGACAAGGGAAUUUCUGCAUUCCCAGAGUCUGACAAUCUCUUUAAAUGGAUUGGCACAAUUGACGGGGCUCAGGGAACAGUCUAUGAAGGUUUGAGGUAUAAGCUCUCGCUGGAAUUUCCCAGUGGAUACCCUUACAAUGCCCCACGAGUGAAAUUCAUCACUUCCUGUUUCCACCCAAAUGUUGAUGAGAAUGGGUUCAUAUGCUUAGACAUUUUAAAAGAGAAGUGGUCUGCUCUUUAUGAUGUUCGAUCCAUUCUGCUGUCCAUUCAGAGUUUACUUGGGGAGCCCAACAACGACAGCCCUAUGAAUGCUGCAGCUGCUGAAUUGUGGGACAACCAGGAAGCCUUCAAAGCUCAUUUGCAUGCAACAUACAAGAACUGACCUCCAAAAACACACACCUGCCUCUCCACUUUUAUCUUCAUGUGACCUUGUUUUUGUUUUUUUUCUUGCUAAUAAUUAUGUACAUUUAAAUCCUGAGUAUGUUUAUGUACAGUAUUUGUAUGUUGAAUUAAACUUGUCUCAAAA